AUGCACCAACCCGGGACCAACCGCAAUCAGCCGCAAUCACCGGCUGGAGACCUAUCACCACCGGAUUACCACCGGCAGACCAUCACCGGGCAGACCGACACCACGGCAGACCUAACACCACGGCAGACUACACCGCACGACACCACCGGUAAGACGAAACCGCUUUCCAUCACCAACAGACCGACACCAUUGCAGACCAUCAUGGCAGAUCUACACCACGGCAGACCGACACCAUUGCAGACCUCAGACCACAGACGACACCCUGGCAGACCGACACCAUUGGCAGACCGGACACCAUGGCAGACCGACACCAUUGGCAGACCGACACCACAGACGUCCGCUGGCAGACCGACACCAAUGCAGACCGACACCACUGGCAGACCGGACACACAGACCGACACCUGGCUGCAAGACCGACAAUUCUGGCAGACCGACACCAUUGGCAGACCGACACCAUUGGCAGACCAUCUGGCGCAGACCGACACCACUGCAGACCUAUCACCUGCUGGCAGACCCAUCUGGCAGACCGACACCACGGCAGACGACACCAUUGCAGACCGAUCACCCGCUGGCAGACCGACACCACAGACCUACACCCGGGACACCAUUGGCAGAUCCAUCACCAUUGGCAGACCGACACCAUUGCAGACCGACACCACUGCAGACCGACACCAGGCACAUCAAUGGCUGGCAGACCGACACCAUUGGCAGACCGACACUCCACAGACCGACACCAUUGCAGACCGACACCACAGACCGACACCACGGCAGACCGACACCACAAUGGCAGACUGGACACCACAGACCGACACCAGCUGGCAGACCGACACUACGGGCAGACCGACACCACAGACCGACCUCACUGGCAGACCGGACACCACAGCAGACCGACACAUUGGACCGGACACCACUGGCAGACCGACACCACAGACCGACACCACGGCAGACCGACACCACAGUAAGACCGACAACUACUGGCAGACCGACACCACGGGCAGACCUAUCACCGGCAGACCAUAUCAGCCGGGAGAACACCAGGCAGACCAUCACCGCAAGACGCACACCAGCAGACCGACACCGCUGGGAAUCGACACCAUUGGCAGACCGAUACCCAUUGGCAGACCGACACCAAUUGCAGACCGACACCACUGGCAGAACCGACACCACAGACCGACACCAUUGGCAGACCGACACCAAUGGCAGACCGACACCACAGGACCAACACCAUUGCAGACCGACACCGGUUGCAGACCGACACCACAGACCGACAAUUCAGGCAGACCGACACUGGCUGGCAGACCGGACACCACAGACCGACACCAUGGCAGACCGACAAUUGGCUGGCAGACCGACAAUUACUGGCAGACCGACACCAAUGCAGACCGACACCGCCGGGCAUUCCAUCACCACGGCAAGACCGACACCACUGGCAGACCGACACCGCAGACCGAUCACCGCUGGCAGACCGACACCCAAUGGCAGACCGACACCAAUGGCAGACCGACACCAUUGGCAGACCAUCACCCGCUGCAGAUCUAUCACCAUUGGCAGACCGACACCACGGCAGACCGACACUCAUUGCAGACCGACACCAGGCUGCAGACCGACACCAUUGGCAGACCUAUCACCAUUGCAGACCGAAUACCAUUGGCAGACCGACACUCAUUGGCAGACCCGACACCAUGGCAGACCGACAAUUGGCAGACCGACACCACGGAGACCUACCACGGUAGACCGACACCAAUGGCAGACCGACUCAUUGGCAGACCGACACCAUUGGGUAAGACCGAUCACCGCUGGCAGAACCGACACCAACAGACCGACACCAUUGGCAGACCGAUACCGGGCAGACCGACACCUGGCUGCAGAUCAUCACCACUGGCAGACCGGACACUCAUUGCAGACCGACACCACCUCGUGCAGACCGACACCUCUGGCAGACCGACUGGCUGGCAGACCGACACCACGGCAGACCGACACCACAGACCGACACCUGCUGGCAGACCGACACCACGGCAGACCGACCACAGACCGACACACAGACUGGCACACAGACCGACACCAUUGCAGACCGACACCACAGCAGACUGA